GUGAGCCAACAGUAAUAUAUCUCACUAGCAUGCCUUAUAUUUGUGAAGAUAAUUGCUUGCCUGAGAUGGGAAAUAUGAGGAGCUCAAAGAAGACAAGAAUCAUUAUGGUGCCAUAUCCAGCUCAGGGACACGUAACUACCAUGCAGAAGCUAGCCAUGGCGUUUCUCAACCUUGGGUUCGAACCAAUAAUGGUGCUUCCACCAGUGGCUCUGCCACGUACAUGUGGAGGGGGAAAUGCACCCCCUCACAUGAGAAAAAUUGCACAUGUAGUCUUGGCUCUACAAUCGGAUUAUCGUUCAUCAUCAUCACCAUCGUGGUGAUCAGAUCAAGUGGGUCGCUGUAUCCGAUGGGUUUGAUCAGAAGGACACUGCCACAGCAGAUUUCUUUGGGAUUGAAUCAGCCAUGGAGAACACCAUGCCUGGUCAGUUGGAGGAGUUGAUUCAGGAGCUUCGGGAUGGCGGUGGCGGCACGGUGGUUUGUGUGGUGGUUGAAUUGCUGGCUUCUUGGGCUAUACAAGUUGGCCACAAGUGUGGUAUCGUUGUUGCUGGGUUUUGGCCUGCCAUGCUUGCGACUUACAGAUUGAUUGCUUCCAUACCUGAAACGGUUCGAUGCGGCCUCAUUUCUGAAACGGGAUUUCCACAGCAUGAUUUCCACAGCAAGAUGCUGUGCUAUCCUGUGGCAGGUGAUCAGUUCUUGAAUUGUGCUUACAUCGUUCAAGUUUGGAAGGUAGGUAUGAGGCUCAAUGGACUUGGACUGAAGGAUGUGGAAGAAGGACUGAGAAUGGUGAUGGAGGAUGUGGAAAUGGAAAUUAGGUUAAGGAAUUUGCAUGAUAUUGUUAUUGGAAGGGAUGAUCAUGUGAAGGAAGAUCUUAAUUUGAAGGCCUUCAUUGAAAACAUGAAGAAAGGAGCUUGUUAAUUAGAAUGUGCCUUUAAUUUUGUUCA